UUCUGAGGUCUAGAUUUCAAAAUCAAAAUAGUAGAAGCCUAGGAUCUUGAUGCUGUAUGAAAUCUUUAGCACUGUACAGGGUCUUUUUGAGGGGUAGGCUGCUGGCGAGCUACAUCUAAAUCAGACACACCUUUGGGUUGGGCUAUUUUGGAAACUAAGUAAUUGAUGAGGCUCACUGUAUGGUCUGCUAGGAACAAGUGAUUUUAUUGUGUGUUUUUACACCUACUUUGAUCAGCUGAUGCAGUUGACUGGCAGUCUCCUCUGUAAGUAACUGAGGGCGGAGGAGUGGUGACCUGCAGUGAGCCUUUCCUGAUUUUUUCCCAAAGUGGGUAUUGCUGGCUUUCAGGCAGCUAGGCAAGAGAGAUAAAGGGACGUGAUAUGGGGUUACCUUUGUUUGGGGAGAGCAGUCCCUUCUAUGCCCGGAUAUGGAAUGGACUAAGUCAGAAGCUGCAAGGCAAAAAAUCCUGGGAUAAACAUCUGGAUGAAAUCUACUUACUCCAGCAGAAAAGGAUCUGGGAAUCCCCACUCCUCCAGGCUGCCAAAGAGAACAACCUUGCUGCCAUUAGGAAACUUCUCACUGACGGAACAUGUGAUCUCUAUCAGAGAGGUGCAGUGGGAGAGACUGCCCUUCAUGUAGCUGUCAUGUAUGAUAACUUGGAGGCAGCAGUGGCUCUGAUGGAAGCAGCUCCUGAGCUUAUCAAUGAGAGGAUGACAUCAGAACUUUAUGAAGGGCAGACAGCUCUCCACAUUGCAGCAGCCAACCAGAACACCACGCUGGUGAAGGCUUUGCUUAAGAGAGGAGCCAACGCCAGCACAGCAAGGGCCACUGGGCACUUCUUCAGGCGCAGCUCCCAGAACCUUUUCUAUUUUGGAGAGCAUGUUUUAUCAUUUGCUGCCUGUGUGGGAAAUGAGGAAAUUGUGCAGCUGCUCAUUGAAAAUGGAGCUGACAUUAGAGCUCAAGAUUCUCUGGGUAACACUGUUCUUCACAUCCUGGUUCUCCAACCUAAUAAGACGUUUGCCUGCCACAUGUACAGCCUGAUACUUUCCUAUGACAGGAACAAAGAGGGACCAGGGUCUCUUGAACAGAUUCCUAACAAUGAGGGGCUUAGUCCAUUCAAACUGGCUGGAGUUGAGGGCAACACCGUGAUGUUUCAAUACCUCAUGCAGAAGCGGAAGCAGAAUCUCUGGUCCUUUGGCCCCUUGAGCACUGUGCUGUAUGAUAUCACAGAGAUUGACUCCUGGGCUGAAGAUCAGUCCUUCCUUGAGCUCAUAGUGUCCACCAAGAAGAGAGAGGCACGCCAGAUCUUGGACCUAACUCCUGUGAAGGAGCUGGUGAGCCUGAAGUGGAACAUGUAUGGUCGUCCCUAUUUCUGUUUCCUGGCCUUAUUCUACAUCCUCUACAUGGUCUGCUUCACCAUGUGCUGCGUCUACCGGCCCCUGAAACCUCGAACAGGCAACAGAACCAGCAGCAGGGACAACACAGUCUAUGUCCAGAAAAUGCUUCAGGAAUCAUAUGUGGCGUAUGAGGAUGAACUGAGGCUGGUGGGGGAGCUGAUCACAGUCAUUGGAGCUGUAGUAAUUUUGGUCCUUGAGAUUCCAGAUAUCCUUAGAGUUGGAGCAGCGAAAUACUUUGGACAAACAAUCCUAGGAGGUCCUUUCCACAUAAUCGUCAUCACAUAUGCUUGCAUGAUCCUGGUGACCAUGGUGAUGCGUCUCACCAGCACCACUGGGGAGGUGGUGCCCAUGUCCUUCGCCCUGGUGCUGGGAUGGUGCAACGUCAUGUACUUCGCACGGGGCUUCCAGAUGCUGGGACCUUUCACCAUCAUGAUCCAGAAGAUGAUAUUUGGAGAUCUCAUGCGCUUUUGCUGGCUCAUGGCUGUGGUGAUAUUGGGCUUUGCAUCAGCUUUUUACAUCAUCUUCCAGACAGAGAACCCUGAAAACCUUGGGCAGUUCUACAACUAUCCCAUGUCUUUGUUCACCACUUUUGAGCUGUUCCUCACUAUCAUUGAUGGCCCUGCAAAUUACGAUGUGGACCUGCCCUUUAUGUACAGCGUGGUGUACUUCGCUUUCGCCAUCAUUGCCACCCUCCUCAUGCUCAACUUGUUAAUUGCCAUGAUGGGUGACACCCACUGGAGAGUGGCCCAUGAGCAGGAUGAGCUCUGGAGAGCCCAGGUUGUUGCUACUACUGUCAUGCUGGAGCGGAAGCUGCCACGGUGCCUCUGGCCUCGCUCGGGAAUCUGUGGGCGGGAGUUCGGGCUGGGGGACCGAUGGUAUCUCAGAAUUGAAGACAGGGUCGAUCCCAACAAACACAAGAUGAUGCGGUACACAGAGGCAUUUAAGGCUCAGGAUAACUAUGACAAAGGUUCAGAAAAGCUGGAAACCAGUGGGGACUCCCUGUGCAAGAAGGAGCUGUCUGCUCUGUCACUGUCACGGAACACAUCCAGAACCAGCUCUCACCGUGGCUGGGAGAUCCUGAGGCGCAAUACCUUUCGCCAGCUUUGUGGAGAGAUCGGUCCUGCUGUGGGUGAGGAGGUCUAUGAUGUCUAAGAAGCCUCUAUUUUCACUCCACAAUAUGUGAAGUAGCCCUUUUCCACAACAGUUGUCUUCUACAGCUGUUCAUACGCUCCCCAUCAUGCCACACGCAUUCGUCAGCCUUGGAGAACUCUGCUGGUGAAGAUUUUGUGAGCAGCUCAUGGCAUCUGUGCUAUGAUAGAAGAAUGCAAUCUUUUCUCUCCUACUUAUAAGCGUCUCUGCAAUUGCACUGAUAUUUGCACCGAGCUGGUGGGCUUGUUGAGCUGGGUAAUGCAAAUAAUCAAAAGAAGCCUGCAAUGGAAUUUCAGCCAUUUACGAUGAAGUGAUCAGUAAGCCCUCUUCCAGACUGUUACAUAGAGUAUAAUCUUCCCCCCCCGCCCAGUUUCACUAAAGUGCAAGACUCUCCCAGCAAAGAAUGACUGAAGUUCUGAUUUAUGAUUUGAUACAGAACAGAAAAAAAACCCCCAAACUCCCCCAAAUCCCACAAACCCUGUAACUGUUCUCAGGAAUGAAGGUAGUUGUUGACACUGUGAUGAUUGAAAAGGACUGUAACUGUAAUUCAGCUGGCAUUCAGGGCCUGACAGAUUUUGCCCUCUGAAGAAAGUCAGUCUCCAUUAACUGCAGUUUCAACAUUUCUGGCUUAGCAGGACUGUUUUGGUUUUGGUUUGGUUUGCUUGUUUGGAUUUUUUAUUGGUGAUGGAUGUUUUUGUUUGUUUGCUUUAAUUUUUUUGUCACAUGAAUGCACUUUAAGCUUUUGAAAAGAAGUGAUUGCUAUUCCUGGGAGGAUUCUAAAGUGGGAACUUCUUUUCUGAUUGAGUGUAUGACCUGGUUAGGUAAAUGUCAGCAGUGUGAAAUUCCAGCAGAGUUAUUUAUCUCCCAAAUAAGCUAAAGCUGGUCUUUUGUUUUCUGUCGAAGAAUAGGUUUCUGAACCAUAGUUCCCUUACUUAUAACUGAGCCAUCAAGGUUGAGUAGUGAGUGCAUAUUUAACAUGGAAAGAAAUGGUGAGGAGAUGUUGGAUAGGUGAAUAAGAGCUAUUGCAGAGACAGUUCAGAAACUGGUGCUCUCUCUCUCUCUCUGUCUCUCUCUGAAAGUCUAAAACUAUCCAAUCGAGGCAUCCACACAGUUCCUUUUCAGGCAUGACACUGUGCCAGUCUGUCAGUUUAUCAUCUGCCUCAGGCCACUUUAAGAAAAAUGAAGAAAUGUUCAGAGAAAUGGACAGUCAUUUCAGGUUUUUUUUUUUUUGUAUUCUCAGGAGUGUGGAGUUUCAUUCCAGUAGCAGAAGUUAAGCAGAAAGUAAUCCACGGUCUUAACAUUUCCUUCCAACGGUACUAGUAAUAACAACUUUGUUCUUUAAGAAUUUAAAGACUAUUAUCUAUCUCUAGACUUUGAGCCAAAUCACCCGGUGAUAAUCAAAGCAGACAAUGAAAAAGCUGUACCCAGUGGAUUUCUGAUUGUAUUGAAAUAUCACUGCAAACC